AUGGACACAGGUAUGGUGACUGAGUGCUUCCGGAACAAGACCAUCCUAAUCACAGGAUCCACUGGAUUCCUCGGAAAAUUGCUGCUUGAAAAGAUACUGAGGGUACAGCCAGACGUGAAGAAGAUCUACCUGCUGGUCCGUGCCCCAGAUGAUGCCUCCGCGGAGCAACGUAUCAUAUGCCAAGUGCUGGGGAAGGAUCUGUUCAACACGCUGCGGGAGAAGCAUGGCCUUUCUGGCUUCCAGGAGCUCAUCAAAGAGAAGAUAGUUUCUCUAGCUGGUGAUGUCGGGACUCGAGACUUCGGGCUAGACAGCUCCAGAAUGGAGGACCUGUGUGAGGAGAUCGAUAUUAUCAUCCAUGGGGCAGCAACAACUAGCUUUUAUGAAAGGUACGAUGUAGCUUUGGCAACUAAUGCAUUAGGAGCGCAAUAUGGAUGCGAAUUUGCAAAGAAGUGUCCUAAUCUGAAAUUGUUACUUCAUGUUUCCACAGCUUUUGUAGCUGGUACCCAAGAAGGACUUUUACUGGAGAAAGCACUCCAGAUUGGUGAAGCACUACGGCCAGGUUACCACUUGGACAUUGAUGCUGAAUUACAGCUGGUUGAGAAGGUUAAGACUGAACUCACAGCGGCUAAGAGUGGUAGCUCAGACCAAUAUGAGAAGACAACCAUGAAAGAACUUGGCUUAAAGAGGGCUUCCCAUUUUGGAUGGCCAAAUGUAUAUACGUUUACCAAAGCUAUGGGGGAGAUGUUACUUGAGCAGAAGAGGGAAGACCUUCCUGUUGUCAUUAUUCGUCCCACCAUGGUAACCAGCACCUAUCAAGAUCCUUUUCCUGGGUGGAUAGAAGGUGCAAGGACAAUUGAUGCUCUAAUUGUUGCCUAUGAUGAACAGGCGUUCCCCUGUUUCCUAGGUGAUCUCAAAGACACAAUGGAUGCGGUUCCGGCUGAUAUGGUGGUAAAUGCAACUCUGGUAGCUGGAGCUGUUCACUGGAAUGAGAAAGGGCAAGUCAUUUACCACGUGAGCUUAGCACUCCAAAAUCCAUUGUCCGGUUACGUUUUUGAGGAUGCUUGUUGGGAUUACUUCUCAAUCCAUCCACGUGUACUAGAGAAUGGGAAACCCCUCCAAAACAGAAGGCCAUACUUGUUCAAGAAAUUGGUGUACUUCCGCGCAUAUUUGACCCUGAUGUAUAAGCUACCACUGGAGAUGCUUCAUGCAGUGAGCCUAUUGUUUCGUGGCUUAUUUUCACAAUAUUACCAGAAGCACAACCGAAGAUACACUUUCCUAAUGCUCUUGGUUAAGGUGUAUUCACCAUACGCCUUCUUCAAAGGAUGCUUUGACGACACGAACUUGACAAGGCUGAGGAAGGAAGUGAAGACGGAAGGCAAUGAUGGUAGCUUAUUUAACUUCGAUCCCAAAUCUAUGGACUGGCACCAAUACCUUUUGAAUAUCCAUGUCCCAGCUGUACUAAAGUAUAGCCGCAAAAAGAAGGGAAGCGUGUAGAAACAAAAAAGCAGAAAUUCCUAGUGUCAAGAUAAAGGGCAGGCAUCGUUCUCAAACAAAACUGUAUAGAUAAUGCUAUUCAUUACCAUUUGUAUGAAGUGCAGCAGAUGCAGCCGUUUGAUAUCUGUUUGUG